GUAUCAAACUUCUGCAUAAUUUCAACUUUAUAGCAUCAGUUAUAUAUAUUUUACUAAAUGUAUGAAGAGAAUGGAUCUCAUAUUAUAGCCCAGGGUGCAGAAGCGGUUGUACUUACGUCAGAGUAUCUGGGAAAACCAUGCGUAAUAAAGCGAAGGUUACCAAAACGCUUUCGUCACAAAGUUCUAGACGAACAACUAACAAAAAAUCGCAUAACUGCGGAAUGCCGUAGUAUCCAGAAACUUAGAAAAGCUGGUGUUUUUGUCCCAGUAAUAUAUCUUGUCAACUUCAUCAAGAAGGAAAUCAUUUACGAGUAUAUCAAUGGAUCUAGCAUAUUGAGCUUGUUAAACACUGACUACGAUGAGAAUCUUCUAUCCUCUAUUGGGGAAACUAUCGCAAAAAUGCACAACUCCAACAUUGUUCAUGGCGAUCUGACUACUAAGAACAUGAUGAUGGCUGAAAGCGGUGAGAUCUGUUUAAUAGAUUUUGGGCUUAGUUUUUCAUCAACUCUGGCUGAAGAUAAAGCCGUUGAUUUAUAUGUCCUAGAGAGAUGCUGUACACCCAGUCAGUUUGAAAUUAUGUUGAAAGGAUACUUUUCCACAAUUAACAAUCAGUCCGCAAUACGCGGCAAACUAGAGGAAGUACGGCUCAGAGGACGCAAGCGCGAUUUGUCUGGAUAACUUGUUUAAAUUAUGCUUUUAAUAUUUUAGAAAUCGAUUUGGAAAUCUCGUUUGCACUAGCAUUUUUUCCGAAAAAUUCUACGAACUC